AUGCCUAUGAAAAGCCCUUAUAUCAGUUCUGGCAGCCCUGAGAUCCCUCAGUCACGAGUGGUAACACGUACCUGCGCUUAUUCAAAUUUCAAUAGUACAUGGAUUACAAAAUCAUUUAGAAUCGACACGGCUGAACGUACAGGCCCUGAGAUCCCUCAGUCACAAGUGGUAACACGCACCUGGGCUUAUUCAAAUUUCAAUAGUACAUGGAUUACGAAAUCAAUUAGAAUCGACGCGGCUGAACGUACAGGGUUGAUUCCUUUUGAGACAGUCUCAGAGUGGGCCAAAGUAGGGUUCAUCCCUUUUGAGACAGUCAAAAUAGCCCAGCCUACUUGCACCCCGGAUCAAGAACAUCGGGCAAAAGAAGUAACACGCACCUGCACUUAUUCGAAUUUUAAUAGGUUCAUUCCUUUUGAGACAGUCUCAGAAUGGGCCAAAGUAGUGCCUGAAGUGUUCUGA